AUGGCGGUAGCUCUUCACGUUCUGUUCCAGCACCUUUUCAACAUGUUGGCGCCCACUGGUGUAGAGCGUGAGGUUAGCAGAGGGACUAAGAUAGAAUAUUGAGUUUUGAUUGGCUCAAAAUAAACUGCUCGUCAUGCAGCUUCUGACAGCUGAUUUGUAAAAGCUGUCAACUUUUAAACAUAUCACAAUAUAAUAUAUGAUUGGUUACUGGAAUCUCUCUGGAAUCUCUCUAGUAUCGAUAGUAUUCAACAUCAGUUGACCUGCGUUACACGGAUGUAACCCAUUCCUGGCAAUCUGGCAAUAUUGUUGAAAUUCAUUGGAAGUUUGCACCAACUAUGUGGAAGCCCAUUUUCACUCCUAUUUGUUGAGCGAAAUGUGUGUGCAUUUCACCAAUAUGCAGACAUGACAACAAAUGUCCACAUUGCAGCUGGGGGUGGACCACAGCGUGUUGUCUCUUGACAAUUGGGCAUCAUUGGCAAAAGUGGGCAUGUAAGUAAUCCAUACACAACCCUCCAGUAAGUCGGGACGAACUCACUUACAAAACUCUGUUUUGGACGAGACUGACUUUAUGACCAACAUGUUCCUAUUUACACGUUGUAGUCAAUUUUGACACAAUAAUGAAUGUUUCUGACUAAUAACGAUGCCACGUAAGCUGUUUAAAACCAGAUAAGUUGGUUAAGUGGCAGUUGACCUUUAAACAGACAGAUUCUUAUGGGGAUGUUUAAAAAAAUGCUAAUUAGAUUGACGAACGGCGUGUUUUCAUCAUCAUUGUAAAGCCCUAGUUAUUUUGUUGCUUAGACAAAGUAAUUUCUGAAGAUUAUUAUUUAUUUCAUAUGAUUAGUGAUUCAUCUAAUCACAUGAAGUGUCUGUCCCUCAUUUUAAGGUCAACACUGUUACUUGAACUGAACUCUCGUUUUAAUAUGGUGAAACUAUUCAUUUUAAAAUAUACAGUACCAGUCAAAAUUUUGGACACACAUACUCAUUCAAGGGUUUUUCUUUAUUUUGACUAUUCUUUACAUUGUAGAAUAAUAGUGAAGACAUCAAAACUAUGAAAUAACACAUAUGGAAUCAUGUAGUAAACAAAAAAGUGUUAAACAAAUCAAAAUAUAUUUUAUAGUUGAGAUUCUUCAAAUAGCCACCCUUUGCCUUGAUGACAGCUUUGCACAGUCUUGACAUUCUCUCAACCAGCUUCACCUGGAAUGCUUUUUCAACAGUCUUGAAGGAGUUCCCACAUAUGUUGCGCAUUUGUUGGCUGCUUUUCCUUCACUCUGCAGACCGACUCAUCCCAAACCAUCUCAAUUGGGUUGAGGUCGGGGGAUUGUGGAGGCCAGGUCAUCUGAUGCAGCACUCCAUCACUCUCCUUCUUGGUAAAAUAGCCCUUACACAGCCUGGAGGUGUGUUGGGUCAUUGUCCUGUUGAAAAACAAAUGAUAGUCCCACUAAGCCCAAACCAGAUGGGAUGGCGUAUCGCUGAAGAAUGCUGUGGUAGCCAUGCUGGUUAAAUGUGCCUUGAAUUCUAAAUAAAUCACAUACAGUGUCACCAGCAAAGCACCCCCACACCAUAACACCUCCAUUUUCCCUGCUUUAUGUUGGGAAAUACACAUGCAGAGAUCAUCCGUUCACCCACACUGCGUCUCACAAAGACACGCGGUUAGAACCAAAAAUCUCCAAUUUGGACUCCAGACCAAAGGACACAUUUCCACCGGUCUAAUGUCCAUUGCUCGUGUUUCUUGGCCCAAGCAGGUCUCUUCUUCUUACUGGUGUCCUUUAGCAGUGGAUUCUUUGCAGCAGUUCGACCAUGAAGGCCUGAUUCACACAGUCCCCUCUGAACAGUUGACGUUGAGAUGUGUCUGUUACUUGAGGCUGUAAUUUCUGAGGCUGGUAACUCUAAUGAACUUAUGCUCUGCAGCAGAGGUAACUCUGGGUCUUCCAUUCCUGUGUCUUUCCUCAUGAGAGCCCGUUUCAUCAUAGUGCUUGAUGGUUUUUGUGACUGCACUUGAAGAAACUUUCAAAGUUCUUGAAAUGUUCCGUAUUGACUUACCUUCAUGUCUUAAAGUAAUGAUGGACUGUCGUUUCUCUUUGCUUAUUUGAGCUGUUCUUGCCAUAAUAUGGACUUGGUCUUUUACCAAAUAGGGCUAUCUUCUGUAUACCCCCACUACCUUGUCACAACACAACUGAUUGGCUCAAACGCAUUAAGAAGGAAAGAAAUUCCACAAAUUAACUUUUAAGAAGGCACACUGCUUAAUUGAAAUGCAUUCCAGGUGACUACCUCAUGAAGCUGGUUGAGAGAAUGCCAAGAGUGUGCAAAGCUGUCAUCAAGGCAAAGGGUGGCUAUUUGAAGAAUCUCAACUAUAAAAUAUAUUUUGAUUUGUUUAACACUUUUUUGUUUACUACAUGAUUCCAUAUGUGUUAUUUCAUAGUUUUGAUGUCUUCACUAUUAUUCUACAAUGUAGAAAAUAGUAAAAAUAAGGAAAAACCCUAGAAUGAGUAGGUGUGUCCAAACUUUUUACUGGUGCUUUAAAAUUGUCAAAUGUGACCGACCACCUCGAUUUGGUCUUAAGUAGCAAAAUUCGAAAUUGUGUUUUUUACAUUGGAUAAAAGUAGAGACUCAGAGCUACAAAAUGAUAUAUCAUACACUGCAGUUGAGGAACAACGGGAAAGUAAUGAAAGUUGGUAAGCUUUGAAAGUUGAUAAACUUGUAACCCCACUUUUGAGAAAAUUGCCUUUGAAUGUUUUGGUACACGUACUGGAGAGCUCUUCUUUGUCUACACCUGUUCAGCAUCGUUCACACCUUCUUAAGCCUUAGCCCCCACCCAUCUCUUUAAGGAUUCACAUGAAAGGCCAUGUACUAAGAAUGAGUAAGGUAUAGUAGUAAACAACCAAAGAUUUCAAGACUAAAAGUGGUUUAAUUAGUAGCCUACAAUAAGGAAAAACUUCAGGUAAAAAUACACUUUAUCUAGUCCUUGGCCUAUAUCCCAAUCUGACUUUGAAAUUGUCCAGAUAAAAAUAUUGUAUAAAUAUUUUAUUAUAAUUAAUAGAUGAUGCUUACCCAGACACUUGUGUAAAUGUAUGUGUCAUAUGAAAUAAAUGCUAUAACCACACCCCAGCCACAUCUAGCUAAGUGGUUGAGUCACUAUUGUCUAGACAUGUACACAUGUUCAUGAAAUUCAAUAGUUUGCCGUAAUCACCCCCAGAAACACCUGGCUAACUUGAUGGGUCAUAUAAUCAUUUUCUUGCGAAGUGGAGUCUUUUGUUUAGACAGCUAGCUAAACAAUGAACCAUAAUCCCAACCAAUAGCUACAGUACAAACGGAUUGUUAUAGCUAGUCACCAUGCAUGAAAUAAUGGGAGUAUGAAUCUGCAGGUAGCUAAAGUUAACCAACUAGGUUCAAUGUUAGCUAGCUAGCUAACAUAAGGCUAUAACUAGCCAUGCAAAUGGAUUUCUGAGAUACAAAUAAUAUUACUACACAGAUCAUUCACAUAAUGUUAACUAGCGAGCCAGCAAGCUAACAUUCGCUAGCUAAGAGUACGCUUUAACUUGCAAUGAAAACAACUUUCUGACAAAAUUAGAAACGUAUAAUAUCUGAAAAUUUAGCUAGACCCGUACACAUGGAGAAUGCUUCACGGCAGCGUGUCUUUUCCGUUUGGUUUGUAGCUAGCUACAGCUUGUUCGGUCCUGUCACGCUCUGACUCUGAGGACUUGUAUUUGUUGAGUCAGGGUGUGUAUUUUCUGUGUUGUGUGUUGCUAUGUUGAUUUCUAUGUUUUAGAUCUAGCAUGUGCAGAUCUAUGUUGGCCGGGGUGGUUCCCAAUCAGAGGCAGCUGUAGCUCGUUGUCUCUGAUUGGGGACCAUACUUCGGCAGCCUUUUGGCACCUGUUAGUUGUGGGAUCUUGUUCCGUGUAAGGUAUGUUGUGUGUAUGCUACCUUGGACUUCACGUUUUGUUUGUUGUUUUGUCGUGGUGUUUAUUCGUUAAAUAAACAUGUAUGCUUAUCACGCUGCGCCUUGGUCCUUCUCGUUCGUAAACGAUCGUGACAGGUCCGUUGUUAUGUCAAGUCACCCCGGUUCACACUGACCGUGUGCAGAAAGUAGUCCAUCACAACUUUUUCCCACUGAUCUUUGUCGAUAGCACCUGCUAAAUUCUGGGCAGCAAUGGUGUUGAGAGCAGUAGCAACGCUUUCAAAAAAGCCGCAGUAGCAAGGAUUAUCUACACAUACUGAGCAGCUUAUAUUAUAGACAGAAGCGUGCUACAUGGCAGACCAAGUCUUUUUCCGUGGCUAAACCAACUAGGCUCGUAAUUUAACAAUUAUAUUCGUAUUUACAGAUGACAUAGAAGUUUGUUAUUAAGGCACAUGAAAGUUCACAUGUUCCAGAAAGCAUUUCUGCUAAAAAACGCAUUUUAAUCCCCCCCAAAAAACCGUUCAAGUGCCUCUCCUGUGAAGUAUUGACGUGCGACAUAUACCUAGCUCCUUGAAACGGGUCACAAAUCAUAGUGUAAAAGCAGGUGAGCUGAUUGUACUCUUUUUGGCCACUUUCUGGUGUUUUGUGGUGGAAAACGUAGCGGGUCGAUCAUAACACGUCAACACUUUUACCCAUAGAUAGACAGGAUAUAAAUGUUUAACAUUUAUUUUUUGUGAAGCUUGCAUUCAAUUGCCCCUACCUGUUGCACACAACAAACUUCCAUUCCCACUGUCACAAUGGGCUUUAUUGCUGAUUUAAGAUGAAGUCGUCAACCCUGUUACUGUUUUUGGGGCACUUAAUAGGCACUUACUAUAUUCAUUGUUUUUAAUUAACCUCUUGAGAUGGGAAAACAUUUUUUUUAUUUAGUAGAACAUGUGUUCUUUAUGACAGAAUUUUAAACUGAGGUGAAAUAUAUAUUUUUUAACAAAGUUACACUACCCAAAAUAUACUCAUUUGGUGGAACAACCCAUGCAGCAGUAUGAUAAAGCACUCCCAUGUAUCAACAUUCUGUGUAUAAUUCAGACUACUAUACUUGAUGUGUCGCCUGUGACAAUUGCUAAUAUGCUCGCUGAAUCUAUAAUUACAAUAGAAGCCUCAGUGACAAUGGCAUUUGUUAAUGAGCUCUCAGUAACAACCAAAUGAAUCAGUAACAACCAAAUUAGUUCUCUCUAAUAAAUACGGUGAGAGCCUGCCAUGGUUCUCCUCUCUCUGUGUCCUACAACAGGAAUAAAUGAUGCUGACAAUGACCUUUUAAACCUUUCUUCACAUGCCCAAUGAGAGCAUGAAGAACAACUUGUAGAAUGAUGAUUACAAUACAGUACAGGGUAACCAGUGUUGGAUUUAUCAUGAAGAAAAACAGUAAAACAUACUAUCUGUCAGGUGGCGACGGUGAAAUGCGGUAGGCGAAGUCAAACGCAGGACACAGAGCUUACUGGAAACGUACUUUACUUGAAAGUAACCAGAGAAGAAAACCAUCUCCAUACAAGGAGGAAAACAACCCGCACACUAACACUGCCGAAGACGAAUACAAUAACACACAACACACAAUGCACGACAGAGGGUUAAAUAGGGGAAACAAUACAACAUAAUGGGGAACAGGUGUACACAAUCAGGACAAAACAAGUCAAACACCGAAACAUAGAUCGGUGGCAGCUAGUACUCCCGGGACAACGAACGCCGAAACCUGCCCGAGCAAGGAGGAGGAGCAGCCUCGGCUGAUUCCGUGACACUAUCUUAGUUGAUAAUUAUGGUAAUGUGUAUGAAAAGAAUACACACAUUGUUUUUGUUGAGUGGAUUUGUUUGUUUUUAAAGUGCUUGAAUAGACACCACAGCAGCUUAUUUUGUCAUGAACCAGGUUCCCAUUUUCAGCCAUUAAGUGAAUUGCUAUCAUUUCCCUCUCAGUUAAUUAAGUAGGAAGGACCCAAUUAUCCACCUUAAUUACUAAUAAAUAAAUGACAACACGCAUGCGCACAUGCACACACACAAACACACACACACACACACACACACAGACUCACACACACACACACACACACACACACACACACACACACACACACACACACACACACACACACACACACACACACACACACACACACACACACACACACACACACACACACACACACACACACACACACACACAUAUACACACACACACACACACACUUCUAUCAAGGCUUCAUCAGUGCAUUUCCAGCGUGUCAGCACAGGAACCUCCCCCUACUGGUUCCAGCAGUCAGACCAGAGCUCUGUCUGUCUGUUUGUUUUCAAGGUGACUAAUUUAAUUUUCCUGAUUUGACUGACCUUUGCGGGAGAGAUAUUUUGACGGCAAUGAUUUCCUGUCCCUUCAGGUCAGCAACCGGAGCAAAGCAGAUCGGGGAAUGGAGAGAGAGAAGCGCUCACAGGCCUACUUUAUGUACCUGGUGCUCAGAGAAGAUGUGAAGUGAGCUGUAAAGACAUCUUUGUGACUGGCCACAGGACUGGAGCCAGGGGAAUCAUGGAGACUUGCUCAUUUGGCAAAUGUGCUUAUUUAGCGAAUCAUGAAAUCAACAAAUGAACACUGUAUUUAUAGUAAUCUAUACAGUAAGUAUCUAUAAUUGUGGUUGUAUAGGAAAUCUCACUGAGAUAUCAGUUACCUAGUCUUAUCUGAGUCUUGUGAAAUGGAAUACAUGGCAACAAUGGUUAUCCUUAUUUACACUCUCUGUUUAAUCAGAAUAUAUCAUAUUAUAUUCACUCAUUACAUUGUAUAUAUUCAAAUGCAUGAAGCUCUUCAGGUCAUGUAUUCCCACUGAUAUUGUACAUUAAAGCUUGAUGCUUUCCGCCAUGUAGUUUUGCUGCUCCCUUUAUAUCUCCUCAGUCAGUCAUAUGGCCAUUUAGCUACACCUUGGAGGCAGAGUGGGACAGGCACCAUUCACCUUCGUGGAACAUCACAGGCACCAUUCACCUCCAUGGAACAUCAUCAGGCACCAUUCACCUCCAUUGAACAUCAUCAGGCACCAUUCACCUUCGUGGAACAUCAUAAAUGUAUGAGUGAAAACAUAGACUAUUUGAUGUCAGUUGCCCACAUGGUCCAAUUCAGCAAAUCCAAAUAAAUGUUUGAUACUGUGAUUCCGUCACGUUCCAGUAUGAAACGUGUGAAGUUAUGAACACCUACUUUAAAUAUGGUGAACAUUAAAUUAUCCAUACCCUCCAAGUGUUGUGUUUUGUUGUGACCAGGGAUUAGAGCAAGGGGUGGGCAAAGUGCAGCCCGCGUAUCCGGCCCACCGGCCGUAUCCGGGCCGCCGGGCACUUCAAUCCAGCCCGUGAGACAUUUUUUAAAUGUAUUAAAUAUUAUUAUAUUUGAGAUACAAUUAUUGGCCUACAAUUACUCAUUCCAUGAUAUACAAACAACCUACAAUAGAUGGCGCUGUAGCCUGGCAGCGCGCUCUGUAUUUGGGCCUACAGUCAGAUUCAGAAUGCGCUCAGUCAUCCUAGCCACUUCAUUGCUUGACGACUUUUAACGUGAAAAAUGAGUGCUGCGAAAAUGAGAAAAGUAGACUCUGAAAGUCGUGUGUUUAAAGAAGAAUGGACAGCAAAAUACUUUUUGACUAAUAUUGGACAUAAGGCGGAAUGUCUGAUAUGCCAAGAAAGUGUUGCCGUUUUUACAUUUACAUUUUAGUCAUUUAGCAGACGCUCUUAUCCAGAGCGACUUACAGUUAGUGAAUACAUAUUAUUAUUAUUUUUUUAUACUGGCCCCCCGUUGGAAACGAACCCACAAUCCUGGCGUUGCAAACGCCAUGCUCUAUCAACUGAGCUACAUCCCUGCCGGCCAUUCCCUCCCCUACCCUGGACGACGCUGGGCCAAUUGUGCGCCGCCCAUGAGUCUCCCGGUCGCGGCCGGCUGCGACAGAGCCUGGAUUUGAAUCAGGAUCUCUAGUGGCACAGUUAGCACUGCGAUGCAGUGCCUUAGACCACUGCGCCACUCAGGAGUACAAAGGAUUGUUCUCCGCUACUGUUUCAGAGAUCUCUGUUUCCGCCCGGUUUUUAAGGAAUAUAAUCUCAAUCGUCAUUUUUCAAGCAAGCAUGCUAAAAGUAUGUUAAAGCUGGAAAAUGUUGUCAAAGUGGUUGUAAAACAUGUCAACUUUAUAUGGGCAAGGGGGCUUAACCAUAGUCAGUUCAUUCAGCUGCUCAAUGACACAGAGGCAGAGCACCAGGACUUGUUGUACCAUUCAAAUGUGCGCUGGCUAAGCCUGGGAAAAGUAUUUAGCCGUGUGUUGGAACUGAGAGGGGAGAUAGUGUUAUAUCUAGCCUAGCUGUAGAAGAACGCACAUCUGCACAGUUUCACAUUGUACAUCACUCUGUCGUUUAAUGACAUGUGCCACUCAUUCUGACAACCCAUUCAUCCGUAAAGCAGCACACUGUUGUAAACCAUAACAACGUACAGUACGACGUACAGCACGUCGUACCAUACAUAACAUUCCCCCCCCCCCUUUCCAAAACCAGGGACUGGUACCAUAUAUAAAAUGACCAUAGGGCAAGAACCUAGAGUGAUACCUGUAAGAAAUAAACAUUAACCCUUAAACGGAAGCCAGUUCAGUCCAUUAACCUGGAGGUUGACUAAGACACCUAACAAAGCCUAAGAAUUAAAAGAGGUUAAGUAGUCCCUCAGAUGAGCAGGGCGAGUUCGUGCCCGCAUAGGCCUUUCUUCAACCGCCUCCGCUUGUGGCUCUGGCCCUUGGGGAGCCCACAGAGGCUGGGGCUCGGGUGGUAGUGGUGGAGGAGGUCCAUCCGGUGGCGUCUCUGGCCUGCAUGUCUGUUUUGUGUGUAUUCGUAUUCCUCGAGGGGCAGGGACUUUUCUGAGGCGGCUGGCGUGCCAGCUUGAUCCAUUGCUCAUCGUGAAUGUGGCGGGCCCCAGUUGUCGACUGACCUGCAAGGGGUCCGACCAGAAUGAGGCCAUCGGGCUCGGACCAAGUCUGACACUUGGAUGAUCGACUUCUUCACCCUGUGUGCCUUGUCAAAAUGCUGUUUCAUUGCUCUUUGGUGCCUGGUCACUGCCUGCUGUUCUUGGGUGCGCCUAGUCGCCGGUUCUGCUACUCUCUGUGUUCUGAGUCUGUCCAGUGGCAGUUCCAUCUCACGACCUAGCAUGAGGGAUGCCGGGGAGACCUGUGUUGUCGUGUGCUUGCUUGCUCUGUAGUGCAUUAGCGUUUGAUUCAAAGCAGUUUGGAACGUGCACCCCUGGACCAGGUGCACUCUGAUGCCGUUCUUCAACGUUUGGUUGAAGCGUUCCACCCCUCCGUUAGCUUGUGGGUUGUAGUUGGCCGUGCGGAUGUGUUUGAUUCCCUUGUUGCUGAGAUAUGAGGAGAACUCGGUAGAGGUUAGCUGGCGCCCAUUGUCCGUGGUAAGGGUGAGGGGUAGGCCCCACCUUGUGUACAGGCUGUCUAGGAUGUCCACGAUGGCCUGUGCUGUGACAGUUCCGACAGGAACCACUUCUGGCCACUUUGAGUGGAGGUCAUACACCACCACCAGGAAGCGCUGAUGGUGAGGGACUGCGUGUCCAUGGAUCUCGCCACAGAUGUGCAGUUGGAUGUGCUCCCAGGGGCGGGACGUCCAUGCAAGAGGCUGCAGGGGGGGGUGGGGUGGACUGUCCUGUUUUCCCACUGAGGAGGCAUGCAGCACAAUCCCUGACCAGGGCUUCAAUGUCGUGGUCGAUGCCUGGCCACCACACAAGGUCUCGACAUCGCUGUUUGACCUUCAUUAUGCCCAAGUGACCCUCGUGAGCCAUGGAUAGAACAUGCGCACGCAGGCCACUCGGGACCACAGUGCAAAACCCUCGAGAGACACAGACUUCUUCCCAGCAAGAAAGUUCGUGCUUCACCCUGGCGAAAGUCGCCAGCUCUUCCGACACAUGUGCUGGCCAUCCAGUGUGUAUGUAGGUGCGCAAGGUAGACAGUGUGGGAUCCUGUUCCGAUGCUUGCUUCAGCUCCUCCCAGUGAGACGACUGACUGAAGAGGAGCGUAGAGCAUUUGUACAAGCUCUGUUUCGUUGUCGUCUGGCAAGACGGUUGGAGUAGGAGUGUCAAAGGAGCGUGAGAGGAGGUCUGCCACCACGUUAUCCCUCCCCGGAGUGAACUUCAGCUGAUAGUCAUACUGUCUGAGACGGUCGGUCCAUCUGUGCAGCCGUAGUGGCUUGUGGCCGGUUCCUGAUGCCGACAGUAGCGUUGUGAGGGACUGGUGGUCGGUUCGGAGCGUGAACAGACGGCCAUAUAGGUAGAGGUGCCACCUUUCGCACGCCCAGACACAGGCCAGUGCUUCUCGUUCGCCCACAGAGUACCGUUGUUCUGUGGGGCUCAGGGCCCUUGAGGCGAAGGCGACGGGCCUCUCAAUGCCAUUCUGCAGCUGUGAGAGGACAGCUCCUAGUGCUCCAGCUGAGGCGUCACAUGUGAGAAUAGUGGGGCAGACGGGGUCAAAGUGAGCCAAGACUGGGGCUGUGGUGAGCUGGCUCUUCAGUGAGCGGACCGUGUCUGAGCAGGCUGCCGUCCAGACCCAUGGCUCAUCCUUCUUGAGGAGCUGGCGAAGGGGUGCUGUGGUCUGAGAGUAGUGGGGCAGAAACCAGAGGUAGUAAGCUGUCAUGCCCAAGAAUGAGGCCACCUGAGAGGCUGAGGUCGGUUCCGGGAUCCGGUGGACGGCUUCAAUGUUCGACAUGAGUGGGGCAAUGCCUUUGGCCGACAGGCGGAAUCCCACAAACCAAACGGCUGGAGCUGCAAAGGUGCACUUUCCACCGUUAAGGGUCAGGUUGUUCCACAGUAGAGUAGUCCAUCAAACAGAGUUGGCCAGUUCUGUUGCCAUGUGCAGGUAAACUGGUGGAUAGCUGACCCACUGUCAUCUCUCAGUGUGAAUCCUAAGCCUGUGAAGAGGUCCAAUGUCUAUCUUGGAUCUACCGUACCCACACAGGGCAGUGGAGGGCUAUUGGAGUGGUAGGUGACUGAAAAACUUGUAGUAAGUGGCAAGGUUGAGCAACGACACCGCAGCGGCAGCAUCCAGCAGCAAAGGCAAACCCACCUCGCCCAGCUGCACAGUGCAUGUCCUGAAUGACACAUGGUGGGUGGAGACGGUUCGGAUUUCCGUGUGUUCAUGUUGAGAGUGAGAUGAAACUAAGGUUCUGGGUGGAGCUAGUAGCUUGGGCAGAACGACACACUUUUGCAAAGUGAUUGUAUUUUGAACAGUUCUUGCAUAUUUUCCCACGGGCUGGGCAGUUUGAAGCCCUUGAAUUGUGAGAGCUAGCCCCACAGUUGCCACAGCUACUUCUGUUUGUUUGUCUGUGUGCCUGCUGCACGGGCAUGCCGGUGUCUGUGUCCAUGCAGCUAUCGACGUGGGAGGGCGUGCGCAGCGCAUGAUCGUUGUAGUGCGCCUGCUCAGGCUGAAGCUGCUGUGUGAGAAUGGCUGGGGGCUGAGUGUAUGCUGCAGAGCUGUCUGUUAGCAUAGUAGAGCAUUCCAAUGCCGCUUCAACCUGGAGUGCUAUUUUAAUAGCUCCAUCUAGUUGUAAAUUAUCUGAUUCCAAAAGCAGUUUCUCCCUUGUCUUGUCACAUAACGUCCCCUCUAUCAACUGAUCCCUGAUGAUCUCGUCCUGAAGUGUCCCGUAUUUACAAGAGCUAGCCAAAUCCCUCAGAUUAGCCACGUAGCUUUGAAUGGACUCACCCGGCCGUUGGUGUCUCUUCCGUAGCCGGUAGCGUCGGAGGAGAACUCGCUCUUUCCCGGCGAAGUGGUUCCGUAGGAGGCUGACUGCAGCAGUGAAUGUAGGAGCCGAUCCAAGCGCUCUGAAAAUCCUCUGUCCCUCUGUACCGAGGCAGUGACGGAGCAGUGCUGUCCUCCGCUUGUCGGAGAUUGUAGAAAAGUCCAUAGCUUCGAGAUAAGUGUUAAAACUGUCAAGCCAGUUAUUCCACGGGACUGGAGGUUCGCCAGGCACGGCAAGGAAUGGUGCUGGCGGUGGUAAACUGAAUUCAGCCAUCUUCGUCGCCAAUGUUAUAUCUAGCCUAGCUGUAGAAGAACGCACAUCUGCACAGUUUCACAUUGUACAUCACUCUGUCGUUUAAUGACAUGUGCCACUCAUUCUGACAACCCAUUCAUCCGUAAAGCAGCACACUGUCGUAAACCAUAACAACGUACAGUACGACGUACCAUACAUAACAUACAUUUUACAUUUUAGUCAUUUGGCAGACGCUCUCAUCCAGAGCGACUUACAGGAGCAAUUAGGGUUAAGUGCCUUGCUCAAGGGCACAUCAACAGAUUUUUCACCUAGUCGGCUCGGGGAUUAGAAACAGCGACCUUUCGGUUACUGGCACACGACAUCCAAUGUGACAGUGCUUUGAAGGAGAAAUACAAAACAGCAACAAUAGACCAGUUCUAUGGCUCACUGAAUGAAACAAAGUUUCCAAACAUUAAAAAGCACGCCCAAAGGAUGCUUGUUUUAUUCGGGUCCACAUAUGUGUGUGAACAAACGUUCUCAGUCAUGAAUUACAACAAAUCCUGUCACAGGUCAAAUUUAACAAAUUACCACUUGUCAGCUGUUCUGAGAAUCUCUAUAUCAAAGAUGACACCAGAAUUUAAUGCCCUUGCCAAGAGAGGUGACCAGACCCAUUGUUCACAUCAAGACUCAAAUAACCGUGACUGUGGUAGGCAAGGAUUAUGCUUUUUCAUGGUGAUGGUUAUGCAAUGAGAAUUAUCCAGCAAUGCACUUGGAUACAGGUAAUAACUAAUCAGCCAGAUUUGGGCUGAGGUGAUUGGAAACUGUAAAUAUGGCUCACAAUGGAGAUGAGAAUUGUUCCUUAAUAUGCUUAAAAAAAACAGACCAUUCCAAAUGAAACGGAUGCUCUUACCAUAUGUUUCACUCAAAUUUUAGAAUUUUAUUUUUAUUUUUUACACAUCUGCUGUUACAUUUUGCAUGUCUCCAGUCAUAUAAUAUAUAUCUAUUUUUAAGUUUGCAUAUUGUGACUGUAAGUUUUAUUGUACUUUACAAGGGUAGAGAUGCAGGAUCUGUGUGUGUGUUUGACUGUGUCUGUGAUGUUAUAAAUUAUAUCAAUUUUGUGAAAAAUUUGUGAAAAAUGUGUUCGCAAAAAACAAGGUUAGAGAUGGAAGGGUAGAAUCACGUAUAUAGUAUGUGGCCCUUCACUUGGUUUCAAAAACUCAAUGUGGCCCUUGAGCCAAAAGGUUUGCCCACCCAUGGGUUAGAGGCUCUGCGUGUUUGUGUGCACGCACACACACACACACGCAUGCAUGCUCACACACACACACACACACACUUCUAUCAAGGCUUCAUCAGUGCAUUUCCAGCGUGUCAGCACAGGAACCUACCCCUACUGGUUCCAACAGCCAGACCAGAGCUCUGUCUGUCUGUUUCUCUUCAAGGUGACUAAUGUAAUUUUCCUGAUUUGACUGACCUUUGCCGGAGAUGGUUUGACGGUAAUGAUUUCCUGUCCCUUCGGGUCAGCAAACGGAGCAGAACAGAGCAGAUCAGGGGAGUGAAGAAAGAGUGGAGAGCGCACAGGCCUACUUUGUGUACCUGGAGAUGUGAAGUGAGCAGUAAAGACAUCCUUGUGACUGGCCACAGGACUGGAGCCAGGGGAAGGAAAUGUCUGCUCUUCUUUCACGACUGUUUACAGCACUAUACACUCACUACCCCCAGCAACAGCAUACAGUGCAUUCAGAAAGUAUUCAGACCCCUUGACCUUUUCCACAUUUUGUUACGUGACAGCCUUAUUCUAAAAUGGAUGAAAUAGCUUUUUUUCUAAUCAAUCUACACACAAUAUCCCAUAAUGACAAAGCAAAAACUUUAUACAUUUACAUAAGUAUUCAGACCCUUUACUCAGUACUUUGUUGAAGCACCAAUGGCAGCGAUUACAGCCUUGAGUCUUCUUGGGUAUGACGUUACAAGCUGAGUCUUCUUGGGUAUGACGCUACAAGCUUGACACACCUGUAUUUGGGGAGUUUCUCCCAUUCUUGUCUACAGAUCCUCUCAAGCUCUGUCAGGUUGGUUGGGGAGCGUCGCUGCACAGCUAUUUUCAGGUCUCUCCAGAGAUGUUCAAUCGGGUUCAAGUCUGGUCUCUGGCUGGGCCUCUUAAGGACAUUCAGAGACUUGUCUCGAAGUCACUCCUGCGUUGUCUUGGCUGUGUGCUUAGGGUCGUUGUCCUGUUGGAAGGUGAACCUUCGGCCUAGUCUGAGGUCCUGAGCGCUCUGAAGAAGGUUUUCAUCAAGGGUCUCUCUAUACUUUGCUCCGUUCAUCUAUCCCUCGAUCCUGACUAGUCUCCCAGUCCCGGUUUCUGCCAGACGUGACGCUUGGCACUCAGGCCAAAGAGUUCAAUCUUCGUUUCAUCAGACCAGACAAUCUUGUUUCUCAUGGUCUGAGUCCUUUAGGUGCCUUUUGACAAACUCCAUGUGGGCUGUCAUUUGCCUUUUAUUGAGGAGUGGCUUCUGUCUGGCCACUCCACCAUAAAGGCCUGAUUGGUGGAGUGCUGCAGAGAUGGUUGUCCUUCUGGAAGGUUCUCCCAUCUCCACAGAGGAACUCUGGAGCUCUGUCAGAGUGACCAUCGGGUUCUUGGUCACCUACCUGACCAAAGCCCUUCUCCCCCGAUUGCUCAGUUUGGCCGGUCAGCCAACUCUAGGAAGAGUCUUGGUGGUUCCAAACUUCUUCCAUUUAAGAAUGAUGGAGGUCACUGUGUUCUUGGGGACCUUCAACGCUGUAGAAACUUUUCGGUACCCUUCCCCAGAUUUGUGCCUUGACACAAUCCUGUCUUGGCACUCUCUGACAAUUCCUUUGACCUCAAGGCUUGGUUUUUGAUCUGACAUGCACUGUCAACUGUGGGACCUUAUAUACAGUGAGGGAAAAAAGUAUUUGAUCCACUGCUGAUUUUGUACGUUUGCCCACUGACAAAGAAAUGAUCAGUCUAUAAUUUUAAUGGUAGGUUUAUUUGAACAGUGAGAGAUAGAACAAAAAAAUAAAAUAAAUAAAACGCAUGUCAAAAAUGUUAUAAAUUGAUUUGCAUUUUAAUGAGGGAAAUAAGUAUUUGACCCCUCUGCAAAACAUGACUUAGUACUUGCUGCUCACUCACCAUUUUGGAUAAGAACACAGCCAUGAAUAAAGUAUGGUACUAACACAUCCUCCGAGAGCAACCUCUCUCAACCAACCAAGAACAGUUUGGUGACGAACAAUGCCUUUUCCAGCAUGAUGGAGCACCUUGCCAUAAGGAAAAAGUGAUAACUAAGUGGCUCGGGGAACAAAACAUCGACAUUUUGGGUCCAUGGCCAGGAAACUCCCCAGACCUUAAUCCCAUUGAGAAUUUGUGGUCGAUCCUCAAGAGGCGGGUGGACAAACAAAAACCCACAAAUUCCAAGCAUUGAUUAAGCAAGAAUGGGCUGCCAUCAGUCAGGAUGUGGCCCAGAAGUUAAUUGACAGCAUGCCAGGGCGGAUUUCAGAGGUCUUGAAAAGCCUUUGACACUUAUGGAAUGCUUGUAAUUAUACUUCAGUAUACCAUAGUAACAUCUGACAAAAAUAUCUAAAAACACUGAAUCAGCAAAAUUUGUGAAGACCAAUACUUGUUUCAUUCUCAAAACUUUUGACCACGACUGUAGACAGGUGUGUGCCUUUCCAAAUCAUGUCCAAGCAAUUGUAUUUACCACAGGUGUACUCCCAUUAAAUUGGAGAAACAUCACAAGGAUGAUCAAUGGAAACAGGAUGCACCUGAGCUCAAUUUCGAGUCUCAUAGCAAAGUAUCUGAAUACUUAUGUAAAUAAGGUAUUUCUGUUUUUUCUUUUUCUUUUUGUCAUUAUGGGGUGUUGUGUGUAGAUUGAUGAGGAAAAUAUUUAAUUUAAUCCAUUUUAGAAUAAGGCUGUAACGUAACAAAACGUGUAAAAAGUCAAGGUGUCUGAAUACUUUCCAAAUGCACUGUAACUCAGUACUUUACAACACACUGUUAAAGUCUCUCACACUUGCCCUGCUGUGUACAAGCUGCUGGGUGAUGUUUUCUCUCUUGAUUGUCUGUAGUACGCUGUUGACUGUACCCACUGACAGUAUUUGAAUAUGAAGCUCUCUCCCUCUUCACAUAAUGCUUCCAGUUGAUGGUGAAAUGAUUGGUUAACAUACAGUAGCUUCUUUCACUGCUUUCCUCAGCCAGUUAGCUAGCUGAUCACUUUUCUAUCAUGGAGACUUGCUCAUUUGGCAACUGUGCUUAUUUAGCGAAUCAUGACAUCAACAAAUGCACACUGUAUUUAUAGUAAUUUAUAAUUAUCUAUAAUUGUGGUUGUAAAGGAAAUCCCACUGAGAUAUCAAUUACCUAGUCUUAUCUGAGUCUUGUGAAAUGGAAUACAUGGCAACAAUGGUUAUCCUUAGUUACACUGUCUCUUUAAUCAGACACAAGAUAUCAUAUUAUAUUCAUUCAUUACAUUGUAUAUAUUCAUAUGCAUGAAGCUCUUCAGGCCAUGUAUUCCCACUGAUAUUGUACAUUAAAGCUUGAUGCUUUCCCCCCGUAGUUUGCUGCUCCCUUUAUAUCUCCUCAGUCAGUCGUAUGGCCAUUUAGCUACACCUUGGAGGGAGAGUGGUACAGGCACCAUUCACCUUCGUGGAACAUUAUCAGCCACCAUUCACCUUCAUGGCGCAUCAUCUGGCACCACUCACCUUCAUGGAACAUUAUCAGUCCCCAUUCAUCUCCAUGGAACAUCAUCAGCCACCAUUCACCUCCAUGGAACAUCAUCAGGCACCAUUCACCUCCAUGGAACAUUAUCAGGCACCAUUCACCUCCAUGGAACAUCAUCAGGCACCAUUCACCUCCAUGGAACAUCAUCAGGCACCAUUCACCUCCUUGGAACAUCAUCAGGCACCAUUCACCUCCAUGGAACAUCAUCAGGCGCCAUUCAACUCCAUGGAACAUCAUCAGGCACCAUUCACCUCCAUGGAACACAAUCAGGCACCAUUCACCUGCAUGGAACAUCAUCAGGCACCAUUCACUUUCAUGGACACUCAUCAGUUUAUUACUCUUUGAUGUCAGUUGCCCACAAGAUCCACUUUAGCUAA